UACCGCCCUAAUUAUCUCGUCUUUACGAUCAGAGAUGUCGUGUGUAAAAAAAGCUUAGUGAUCGCAGAGGCACUUCUGGGUUCGACCACCAAAAAAAGAGUAGAACUUGACUGAAGGAGAUGAGUUCCUCUGCUUCAUCAUCGGCCGAAUCUCAUCUAGCCACCGCCAAAACAGCUCUCACGGCGGUUGCAUCGGUGGCUGCAGCCGCAAUGCUAGCUCGAUCAGUGGUCCAAGACUAUAUGCCAAGCGAGGUCCAUGAGUUUAUCUCUUGUGGCUUUCGCAGAUUCUUCGGCUACUUCUCUUUUCAAAUGACAGCUCUAAUCGAAGAAUUCGGAGGUUUCGAGAACAACGAAGUGUUCGAAGCAGCAGAGGCUUAUCUCGCCACCAAGAUAUCACAUUCCACUAGAAGAAUUAAAGUGAACAAACUCGAGAAACAGAGCAAUCUAAACGUCACCGUAGAACGCGACGAGGAAGUCGUGGAUUACUUUGAUGGCGGAGUCAAGCUCACUUGGAUCCUCCACGUCGAUAAAAAGGACUUUCGUAACCCUCGAGAUCUUAACUCAACUCUGAAAUCGGAAGUGCGUUUCUACGAGCUCAGGUUCCACAAGAAAUUCAAGAACGUGGUUCUUGAAUCUUACUUGCCCUUUGAGUUGAAACAAGCUGCUUUGCUGAGACAAAAGACCAAGACUUUGAAGAUCUUCACACUAAACUGUUACUCUGCGCAGUGGACAUCUGUGACUCUUGACCAUCCUUCCACGUUUCUCAUUCUCGCCAUGGAUCCCGAGGUGAAGAAAGACUUGGUAGAGGAUCUGGAUCGUUUUGUGCAGCGUAAAAGCUUUUACGAGAGAGUAGGGAAAGCUUGGAAGAGAGGGUAUUUGUUGUAUGGUCCACCAGGUACUGGAAAAUCAAGCUUGAUCGCAGCCAUGGCCAAUCAUCUAAACUUUGAUAUCUAUGAUUUAGACUUGACAUCAGUCAACAGUAAUGGUGAGCUCAGGAAGAUAUUGAUGUCUACUGCGAACCGUUCGAUUCUAGUUGUGGAAGAUAUUGAUUGUUCAAUCGAGUUCAAGGAUCGGAAUACUGAUGAGCCUUCACAAGUAUUUCAUGAUAACAACGAUCCGCUGCAUAAACCGGUCACACUCUCUGGUCUACUGAAUUUUGUAGACGGGCUCUGGUCAAGUUGUGGUAACGAACGGAUUAUAGUGUUCACGACAACUACAGAGAAAAACUGGAUCAUGCACAUUCACAUGUCGUAUUGCACACCGGCUGCUUUUAAGGUUCUGGCUUUGAAUUAUCUCGAGAUUCAAGACCAUAUGCUUUUCGAGCAGAUUGAGGAAUUGAUCCAGGAAAUAGAAGUUACACCAUCAGAAGUAGCUGAACAGUUGAUGAGGAAUGACUCUGUUGAUAAAGUACUCCAAGGAUUGAUUGUGUUCUUAAAAGCCAAGAAAACUGAAAAUGAUGAACAAGGCCAAUAGAAAUUGUUAAUAGCUUAGAAGAAAACUUGGAGUAUCAACUGUUAGGCUAUCUAUUGGUUACAAUCUAACUGAAAGUGAAAUUAAUACUUUUUUGGGUUACAAUUUAAAAUUUUGAAUUAUAUCAAUGAAUCCUAUCUACAAGGGCCUAUUGCGGUUCAAUGAUUUGAUACUAAAGUUGAAAUAAGUUUCGUAGUCGGUAGCAAGUAACCAAGAAAACGAGUAUAGUUGACUGUUGACUUGUAAUUGUUAAACCAUUGACUUCCAUUUUGAUAAAGU